UUUCCAAGCCUCUCAACCUGCACCGUGUUUUGUUUGUCUGUCUGCGCUCCGACGAUGAAACCGCCAAGUCCGCCGGCUCGACACCAGCACGGGAAAACUCUCCUCACUCCCCGCUCAUGAGGACUCCGGUCCCCGCGGAGGACGCACGGAGCAGGACCGAACGGGAGCACCGAGCGCGGGGGCCGAGGAGCGGAACGAAGGGAGCCGCUUGGAUGAGAGUCUGACUAGGCAUUUUCUCCCCGGUGACAGAGGCAAUCUCAGCGGCGCAUCUUCCCGGAUAGGCGCUCCUCCUCCCCUCCCCUCUCCUCCUCCAUCUCCUCCUCCUGCCCUUCCGCGGCUGCAGCCCCGCCGACCAUGGCCCUGGUGACUCUGCAGCGCUCUCCCACCCCCAGUGCAGCAUCCUCGGCCAGCACGACCAACAGCAGUGCGGGGGAGGACUUUGGGAGCGAUGAUGACAGGAAAAAUAACCAGAGUCUCAGUGAGAGCUUCUUCAUGGUCAAAGGAGCCGCCCUCUUCCUCCAGCAGGGCGGCAGCACACAAGGACCCAAGACCCCGACCCACCACAAACAUGCAGGUGAUUUACCUCAACAUCUGCAGGUCAUGUUUAAGGUCCUCCGGUCUGAAGAUCGCAUUAAGUUGGCUGUGCGGUUAGAGAGCGGAUGGUCAGAUCGAGUGCGCUACAUGGUUGUUAUCUAUACCAACGGCCAUCAAGACACAGAGGAAAACAUUGUGCUGGGAAUGGACUUCACAGACAAGGACAGUAAAAGUUGCUCUAUUGGGAUGGUGCUGCCUCUGUGGAGCGACACCAACAUACAUCUAGAUGGAGAUGGAGGCUUCAGUGUGAACACGGCAGGGCGAUCACAUGUCUUCAAGCCUGUAUCUGUGCAGGCCAUGUGGUCUGCCCUGCAGGUCCUCCAUAAGGCAUGCGAGGUGUCGCGCCGGUUCAACUACUUCCCAGGAGGCAUUGCACUCACAUGGAUGGCCUUCUACGAGAGCUGCAUCACUUCAGAGCAGAGCUGCCUCAAUGAGUGGAACGCUAUGACUGAUCUGGAGAGCACCCGGUCGGAUUCUCCCACCAUGUUUGUCGACCGGCCAACUGAGCGAGAGAGGACGGAGUGUCUCAUUAAAGCCAAAUUACGCAACAUCAUGAUGUUCCAAGACCUGGAAAACAUCACUUCCAAGGAGAUCCGUAACGAGCUGGAGCAGCAUAUGAGCUGCAACCUGAAAGAAUACAAGGAGUUCAUAGACAACGAGAUGCUUCUGAUCCUCGGCCAGAUGGACAAGGCCACGCUUAUUUUUGAUCACGUUUAUUUGGGCUCUGAGUGGAAUGCUUCUAACCUGGAAGAACUACGGGACUGUGGGGUGGGUUACAUUCUGAAUGUAACCAGAGAGAUUGACAACUUCUUCCCAGGGAUGUUUUCGUAUCACAAUGUUCGAGUGUACGAUGAGGACGCCACCGACCUACUGGCCCACUGGAACGACACCUACAACUUUAUUGUCAAAGCCAAGAAGAAUAAUUCCAAGUGCCUGGUGCACUGUAAGAUGGGGGUGAGCCGGUCUGCCUCUACAGUUAUUGCCUAUGCAAUGAAGGAGUACGGCUGGUCUCUGGAGAAAGCCUACAACUUUGUCAAGCAGAAACGGAGCAUAGCUCAGCCGAAUGCUGGCUUCAUGAGACAGCUGGCAGAAUAUGAGGGAAUCCUAGAUGCCAGCAAACAACGUCACAACAAACUAUGGAGGCCCGAAACAGAUGAGGAGGGAGGAGAUGAUUUACAAGCGUCUGGCCACUGCACUGGUGGAGAGGAGACGCCGGUGCUCAGAGAGGAGGAGGCCUGGGGAGGCUGCGGGGCAUCUCCCUGCAGGGUUAUGGGUCUGGAGAUGGAACCCCUCGACUCUCUGAACUACAAUUAUUACUUCAGGCGUUUGUCAGACUCUGCACUCGACAGUGAGCCCUCCACCCCAGUGCGAGGUCCCCCUCUGCUAGGUAUGGAGAGAGUUUUCAUUGAAAUCGAAGAUGUGGAAAGAGACGCCCUGUUGGAGGACGAAGGUUUCCCCAUGGCCCAUUUAGCCCUGCCUGGUGAGGGCACAGCAGCCCAGACUUGCGGGCGCCUUGAUCCGCUGGAGGACAUGAGACUGAGGCUUGAGUUCAGCACUUUGGAGGAAGAGGAUGAGGAAGAAGCCAAGAAAGAGGAAGCUGAGAUGGCAGCCUUGGCUCAGACCCCUGGAAAUUCAGAUGCAAAGGAGGCUGAGCGGAGCGAGGAGAGCCGGUUAGGCUUAGCCAAUCUGAACACAAACAACAGCAACCGCCUUGCAGCCAAGCGUAGCUGUCCAGCAGCUUUUGACGACAGUGCUAGCACAGGAAACCCUUUAAAAGUGAAGCCUUCCUAUCAGUCCUGUAAAGACUGCAUGCGUCUGCCACAAGGACGGCGCUGCGACCGUCCAGCAGGAGGCCGAUCCCACCGCCUUAACCCCUCCCGCCACUGCACUGUCCCCUCCAUAUGCAUAGAUCCGCCCGGGACAAAUUUUGCUUCCACCUCUCUUCUGCAGUCUCUGCCAACCCCUUCGGUAGUCCCAUCUAACCUGGUCCAGCCCUGUGCUCAUCUGUACCGCUGUGCCACCUGCACCCCGAGCGUCGCAUCUGUCCCUCCUCUAACCAACCAACAGAAACUGGUCUCACCCAUGAACUGUGAGGAGACGCCCACUGACCGGAGCUCAGUGGAGGCGGAGGACAUGGAUGAACCGCAGGGGGGCGAUGUGGGAGAGCAGGUAUUAAGGGAGAGCGCUGAGGCUGAACCUGGUGGUUUAGUUGAGCUCCCUCAGGAGGCUCUGGCUCUACAAAUGCCAGGACUGGGGAUAGAGUUUGGUCUGGAACUGAUGCGACAAAGGGCUGAGCAGCUCGAGAAGAUGCCAAGUCUGGCCAUGGAAGGCCAGCUCCCAGUCGGGCCUCUGCCUUAAUAUAACGGCUGGAGCAUAGAUAAGAUAGAGGAAGUGGCCUACCACUGCCUCAAUCUCUAUGAUGGCUGUGAGAUAUUAGAUAACCACUGCUGGUGGAAGCUCUGCGCUGACCUCUGCUGUAAUGUCUUGGCCUCCUGGCUCAGUUUUAACUAGCUGCAGCAGCUCUCUGAGUGUCCCGUCAUCGACUGAAGGGAUUAAGAUCCACAGGAGGCUGCUUGUUUUCGCCAUGUGCUAAAGGCCUCGAUGCUUCUGUCCAUGUCGGGAUGGAAAACUUUCUCAUGUCCUUCAUCUGUCCCUCAGAUGUAAUUGAGGGCUCUUUGAACCUGCCCCCACCACCACACAUGCAGGAUCGUCACCACAUCCCAGUGGAGAUGAGCAUUAUGCUGCCAUUUGACCUCCAACAGACAGGUUUGGCAAGACAGCGGUGGCUUGUAAGAUCUAGUUGUUGUCCCUUUCUGAUAUCUGACAGUGCUAUAGUCGGCACAUUAAUGUUGAUGAAAAGAAAAAUACCUGAAGUUCCAUGCUUCUGUCAGUGUACUGUAUGUUUUCAAUCCAACUCAUCAACAGUAUUCCAGAAGGAGCUCAGUAAAUAUUUACUGUUUGAUCGCAUCCACUCUCUCCUCACGUUGCCCCUGAUAUCUGAAUUCUCACGUAACUUCACCUCCCUGCUGCAGCUGCUUUUGCAUCACCAGAGGGCAUUUCACGUGAAAGCAUAGGAAUUUUUUUUAAAAAAGGACAUGACCACAUGCAAGCCUUUUUAUGCCUCUUUGUAAAGCAUCGUACCUCGGACCACAAGCAUCUAGGACUGUUUUGGUCAAAGACUGUUUUGUUCUCUCUGCUCAGUGGCUGGUUCACCCUGACCUCCUCCAAUAAAAGUUAAUGUAAUCAUGUACUUAAAGUGCUCAGUUUAGCCCACGCAUGACUCUGCAGUAUUACAAGACAUAUCCUCAACAUGUUUAGACAGAAAAAUAAUCAAGUUGUCUUUCAUUUUUACUUUGUAAGAUUCAGAUUUGUUAGUGAUUGCACUGUAUCAAUGACAGGUGCAAUCCUUCAUCUUAUUCGUCUUCAGCCUGAAAGAAUGACAGAUUGGAAGAAACAAGACUCAGACAUUAACUCUGGUCAGAUAACCUCUGACGUAACCAAAGCCAUAUCAUGCUUUUCAAACCCAGAGGCUCCUGUGAUAAGCAUGGCUCACGUUUAAUUUUUCGGUCAUUUACUGAAAACCUUAAACUACCUUCCCCCUCGACCUACAGAUAUUUGCACACUGUUCAUAUAUAUUUUAAGCACAUGAGCACAACUCUAGUAUCCGUCACACAGUGCACAGACAUAUUUCAGAUCUAUAGCUAUAGUACAUUAAUCUGAAUUCAUUUGAGCACAAUAAACCAGAAAUAGAGACCUCCAAAAUAACUUUUAAUAAUAUCUACUAUAUUGCUUGCAGUGGAGUCCAUCCCUGUGUACAGUGUAGAUUAUUUGAUUUAAUAAUCAUCAGACAGUUAAGAGUCAACAGUUUUAUUGAUAAUUUACUGUUUUCGUGAUGUAAAAUAAAGCUUCCUUCGCUGAUGUAUGAAAAUUAGAAAAUAUUCUUAACUUACAUUACUAGCACACACAGGUUUCCACAUCUGUACCCCUACAAUCAGUCUACAAAUGUUCAUUUCAUUUUGUACAUGUUCAUAUAGCCUGCUGCAUAUUUUUUUAACAGUUUAGUGAAAAUUGUGCCACCAAUCCAAAGUUGCUGUGCCACUCGGUGUUACAGUUUGGUUUUUUUUUCUGUUUGGCUGAUGAUGAUGUGUUCCUAUUGUUUUUGGCACGCUGGGUGUGCUGGAAUGGUACAGAACGAGGCCUGUUGGUGUGCAGGAAAAGCACAUGCAAGUUGAUUUACUGUGUUUGAAGAUCUUCAGUGCUUCAGGAGAAAUGAAAACUGUGCAAAGAAUGAAUGCAAAUUAUUUAAUUAUCUUUAACUAAGGGGUUUUUUGUGUUGUUUUUAUUUUUUGUAGAUUUAGCUCUUUAAUUAGAUCAGUAGAAACUUAGACAUCAAUGCAUCCUCUGUUCCUUCUCGUACCUUAACUGAAUUUGAGGGAGCUGCAGGUUUGCUCCACUGAUUAGAUUUAAAUAUUUUAGUUUCUCCUUUAACUUGUUCUUUCCUUCUCGUGGCCAUAUGACCAUUACGUAACGCAAGGCACAAAGAAAGCUGUUGACAGCUGCUGAAAUCACACACUAUUGAAAUAAACCAUUUUAAACAGAAAAUUUUUGAAAAUAAGGAAAGUUACCAAGUAGCUUUAGGCUUGCUGAAGGCUCUGAAAGAAAGAUUCAAAAACUAAUUUGGUGUUCUGAGCAAAAUUAUAUGCAUUCUUGCCAAAAGUUAGAUGAAAAGAUUGAUACCACUCCUAUGUAAGCAUGAAGCUAGCCGUCAGCCAGUUAGCUUAGCAUAAAGACUAGAAGGCAGCUAGCACUUCUUGUUUGCAGCGUUCAUGCUAAGCUAAGCUAACCUGCUACUGGCUGUAGUUUCGCGUUUACUGACAGAAAUCUUGUAAGCUAACUAUAAGCAACAAAGCAAGUAAGCAAACUCCAAAAAAUUUCAAACUAUUCUAUUAAAAUAUUAAUAAUAUGAUUCUAGUUUACUACGGACGUUCUCAGUAUGCUAACGCUCUUGACAGGUGGCUAAAUCCUUGCGCCCCUUGACCACAGUACGAUGUUUGGUUGUUUGCUUCGUGUUUUGAACUUGUUUUUGUAUUUAAGUGCCUUAACCUCGGCCUUAGCUCUGUCAUGAAGCAUCACAGGCUUUGCAAAGUUUCUGGGAGUGUGUUGAUGGUCCGGCUUUUUGUACAUUAUUUACCCUCACUCCCAAUAAUAACCAUGUAUAAGUCAGCAUAUUAUAUUAUGUAUGCAAACACACAUAAACUCAUCCGCAGCAGCCUCCUCUCCCUCAAUACACACACUUUGAUGGACUUCCAUUUAUUAAUAGCCUAUAAUGAUAUCGUAUUUGUUUGAUAUUGUUGAGACUCGUGGUACAUUGUUUUGGUUCAAUAGCUGGCUGAAGAACCUUAAUUGCUGGAAUGAGAACUAUCAUUUACAUGAAAAUAUCACAUAGAAUGGAUUUAAGUCUUUGAAAUUUACCAGUCUGUACAUAUUUUUUGUCUACAAUUUGCUAUUUGAGUCCAUUAGGUUGCAGACGUGGUCAGUAUUAAGAAAAGUACUGAUGAUAAUGCUACUGUGUAUUGAAAAAUACUCAUCAUUGUACCACAGCAAAAAAAAAAAAAAAAAAAAAAAAAGAUCAUCUCUACUUUAGGCAAACGUUUUCAGGUUCUGUUUAAAAUGGCUUAAUUUUUUAUUGCAUUAGUCGCAGGCAGCAGACAUCAACAUGACAAUCCUACUGAAGAGCCACAGGACAUUAAGUCUUUGUGUCAUUUCUGAAGGGGGUCCGGGUAUUUAUUGAGUGUAUUUAUCGAGCACAAGUCUGCCCCAAAGCAUGUGAGCUUGAGAUGAGUGAAAAAUGUAGAAAAUGUAAAACCUCCCUGGAAGUAAAGAUUCGUUACAUUGGUUUUUUGUUAACUUUUGUGUACUGUACUGUACAUUGCCAAUGUUCAUGUGUAUGCACUUUUUUCUUUUCUUUUGUCAUCUUUUUUUUUUUUUUUUUUUUUUUUUUUACAUUUUGUUCAAAUUGUGUCCAGUCUAGUGUUUAUCAUGGAAAUAAACGAUUUUCUCUGCAUAAUCUGAUUACUCAUUUAAGUUGAUUUUUGGAGGCAUUUAAUGUAAAUAGCUCAGUGUAUUUACAGAUUGUGAGCAAGAAAAAUGUAUUUAAAUGUAAAACAUUUAUAGGAGCACAUAUUUAAUGACAACUGUAUGAAUGUAAAUUAAAAUUAAAAUGUUGCUUAAAUGCAGUUUUUAGCCAGUGCUAUCACUCCUGCAUAUAAUAAUAAGGGGUCCAUGAUGAUAUAGGUACAACGUAUUGUCCCAAAAAGGCUUUUCACUUUCCCCUUCAGUGAAAAUCAAGUUUUUUUUAACCUAACGUCCAUAUGGUGCUUUGUAUACACUCAUCGGCCACUUUAUUAGGUACACCUGUUGCUUGUUAACACAAAUAGCUAAUCAGCCAGUCAAGUGAUGUUGGUUACUAUCAAGAAAACUAUGAAAACUGUCUAGAUAUCAGCUCUUAAAUUAAACUCUUAUGAGCUAUUAUUGUUGUUCUCAUUAUAUUUGUCCAAACAAAUA